AUGUCAGAAUCGAGUGCUCAAGGUAUCCCACAACCCGCGCUUGACCCCGACAGUCCCGGUUCUAAUAAGCAAACCAUGCUUGACUGGCUGCGUAUCAAUCACCCUCAUACAGUCAUCCCUUCGAAAGCUAAAAAAGCUGAAGUGGCAAACAUCUUGCGAGGGACACAAGCUAAAGAUCAAAAUUCAGGCUCUCAAUCCAAUCAAUCCACCCCCGUGAUGUCACAAGUGGCUCGCUAUCCUACUCAUCAAAUUCUGCACAAAUCUUUACCCCUUGCAACCAACACUUCUAAACUAAGUGAUCAAUUGGGAAAGCGUUUGGCAUCCCAAGAACUGACUCCGUCUCAUCCAAAGAAGCGUGUCCUAUCUGAGACAAAACCGAAGAUUGCUGGUCAAACUUUUGAGCCACCAAAGCUUUCCAAGGAAACCAAGACAAGCGUGCUAAUUGAGCGUUCCUGCCAGUCUUUAAGGCAACCCAGGCUAUCCAGCAUCAUAUCUAGUCAACCCGCACAAUCUAGCAGCUCUAAUCGGCCUCUUCCUUCCCCACAAGUUUCCCCUGUCUCAAAUAUCAGCAAUGAAGAUGAAAAGAAGGAACUGGAGGCUCUCAAGAAUUCUGGGAAACCGAAUUCAAAAUCAGUGCAAAAACAAAGCACUUCCAAACCGAAAAAUACCCAAAAUACGCCCAAAGAUGUAGAUCUUACACAAUUUUCUGAUACUGAACUGUUUGAAGUUGGGAAUCUGGUGCGAACAUUGGAUGAACAACUUUCUCGUGUUGAAAGUUCACUCAAAAUUGUCAAGGAGAAAGUCGGCACAAAUGCCCUUCAAGAGUUACAACAAGACCAAACAAAGAGUCUAAUUGAAAAACACUCAAGCAAUCUGGAGACCACAAAGAAAGAUAUCCACGCACUGCGAACGAUGGUUGAAAGUUUGGAUUCCAAAACCAAAAACUUACAACGAGACCUGGACAAAGCUCACUCAACAAUCCAAGGUUUUGAGCAGAUCCUACGUAGACUCUUAGGUGGUACUGAUGAUAGUGAUCUUGAUGAGGAAUAUGAGGAGAAUGAGAAUGAGAUUGAAGAAAACGAGUCUUCUUCCAGCAACAAUAGUGAUGCCUAG